AGCCUUCAAGAUUGACAUUUUAGCACGAAAAGAAUAAUGUCAAAACGGAACGUUUACGAGUCAUGUCAUUUUUUCAGUUUCAGCAACAUUAUAAUCUGUAUUGUAAGAAAAACUCAGGAAAACUAAAAUAAAACAGUGAGAUUUUUCACUCGUACUUUGCGCGCGCAAACGGUAGUAGCUGGAAAAAUUCUUAAUAACCAAUUGUUAUCGUAGCAUGACACAUUUAUGACAUAAUUUUGGUGAAACAUCAUUGUCCUUGCAACUGCGGAAGAUUGCGCGCGCAUUUUAAAAACAUGGCGUCUUUAGCAAUAUUUGAUUUUGAUCGUACAAUAGUUGACGAUGAUUCCGAUGCCACAAUUAUCAAUAGAUUACGCGAAAAAAAACCUCCGCCGGAAUGGGAAGCUGGGAACCACGACUGGACACCUUAUAUGAGCAAUGUAUUUGAACACGCGUAUUCCGCGGGCAUGCACCCCGAUGACAUCCUCGACAGCAUCGCCUCCAUGCGACCUACCCCGGGGGUUGAAGAGCUGAUCACAACCCUUGCGGCUAACGACUGGGAUGUGCUCAUCCUAACAGACGCCAAUACCGUCUUUGUGAACCACUGGCUGAAAACACAUGGACUGCAGGACGCAGUACGCGCUGUAGUAACUAAUAGGGCGUUCUGGAAAAACAACCGCCUGUACAUAGAGCCGUGUAUGCACCAGUCAACUUGCCCCCGCUGCCCGACCAAUCUCUGCAAGUCGAUAGCUCUAGGUCAAUGGUGUCAGAAACCGUACGCCAAUAUUAUUUACAGCGGUGAUGGCAGGAAUGACUUCUGUCCUGCUACUACGUUACCACCUCAUGCUACAGUAUUCCCGAGAAGAGGUUACCCCUUAGACGAUCUCAUCAAGAAGACUUUAUCCUCUCCCAAUCCACAGGUUAAGGCGAAAGUCGUCCCCUGGGAAGACUGCUAUCGGAUAUUACGUGAAGUUUUCCCAAAUAAACAUCAUAUACCUAACUAAAUACUAGAUUAAUUUAUUUCGCUAUUUUAAACUGUAGAGCUCUGCUUUUAUGAAAUAAUAUAGUAAAGCCGUAAAUGUUCUUAACUUCCUCUAGCAUUAUCAACUUGCCCUUAUCCCUUAUGUAGGGUCGGCACAGUAUGUGCUCCAUACAUCUCUAUCAGCCAUAUCUGAAU